AAUUUCUUUACUUGAUAACUGCAUUUAACAUGGCCUAUCCAAUUUCUACCUGGAGAUUUAAGUUGUUUUGUGUGCCACCAAAUAUAACGGAUGACUACUUCCUCUUGUCUGCUGGAAUCUCAAAGAAUACUUCAAAUCUGAGUGGAGAUUAUGAGGCAGUUGCUGAAACUAAAUUUAAUUCAAGUGAUACCUAUAUUUCUAACUUACCCAAAGUGACUUUCCACUGUUGCUUUGAGAGUGAACAAGAUGUAAACUGUUCAGUCCAUGCAGACAACAUUGAAGAGAAGACAGCUGUUUCAACAGAAAAUUCUUUCAUUUUUCAACAACUAGGUGCAAACUGGAACAUACAGUGCUGGAUGAAAGGGGACAUGGAAUUAUUCAUCUGUUAUGUGGAGCCAUUAUUUAAGAAUCCUUUCAAGAAUUAUGACCUUAAAGUCCACCUUUUAUAUGUUCUGUCUGACGUGAUAGAUUUGCCUCUGACCCCCCAGAAAGACAGUUUUCAGACUGUCCAGUGCAACUGCAGUGUUCAGGAAUACUGCGACUGUCACGUGCCUGUAACAACAGUCAAACUCAACUACACUCUUCUUAUGUAUUUGAAAAUCACAUCUGGUGGAGUAAUUUUUCAGUCACCUCUAAUGUCAGUUCAGCCCAUAAAUGCUGUGAAGCCACAUCCACCAUCUGGUUUGCAUAUGGAAAUCACAGAUCAUGGUAAUUUAAGGAUUUCUUGGUGCAGCCCAACAUUGGCACCAUUUCCACUUCAAUAUCAAGUGAAAUAUUCAGAGAAUUCUACAGUUAGGAGGGAAGUUGAUGAGGUUGUCUCAGAUACAUCCCUGCUGGUAGACACUGUGCUUCCUGGGUCCUCAUAUGAAGUUCAGGUAAGGGCCAAGAAGCUGGAUGGCCCAGGAAUCUGGAGUGACUGGAGUACCCCUCAUGUCUUUACCACACCAGAUGUCAUAUAUUUUCCACCUAAAAUUCUGACAAGUGUUGGGUCUAACGUUUCUUUUCACUGCAUCUAUAAAAAUGAAAACAAGACCGUUUCCUCAGAAAAGAUUGUUUGGUGGAUGAACUUAGCUGAGAAAAUUCCUCAAAGGCAGUGUAACGUUAUAAGUGACCAUGUUAGCAGAGUCACUCUUUCCAACUUGAAAGCCACCAAACCACGAGGGAAGUUUACCUAUGAUGCAGUGUACUGCUGCAACGAACAUGAGUGCCACCAUCGUUAUGCUGAAUUAUAUGUGAUUGAUGUCAAUAUCAAUAUAUCAUGUGAAACUGAUGGGUACUUAACUAAAAUGACUUGCAGAUGGUCAGCCAAUACAAUCCAAUCACUUGUGGGAAGUUCUUUGCAGUUGAGAUAUCAUAGGAGCAGCCUUUAUUGUUCUGAUAGACCAUCUGUUCAAACCAUAUCUGAGCCCAAAGAUUGCCAUUUGCAGAAGGAUGGCUUUUAUGAAUGCAUUUUCCAGCCAAUCUUUCUGUUGUCUGGCUACACAAUGUGGAUUAGGAUCAACCACACUUUAGGUUCACUUGACUCUCCACCAACAUGUGUCCUCCCUGAUUCUGUAGUAAAACCACUGCCUCCAUCUAGUGUGAAAGCAGAAAUUACUGUAAACAUUGGAUUAUUGAAAAUAUCUUGGGAAAAGCCAGUCUUUCCAGAGAAUAAUCUUCAGUUCCAAAUUCGAUAUGGCUUAAAUGGAAAAGAAAUACAGUGGAAGGUGCAUGAGGUAUAUGACGCAAAAUCAAAAUCUGCCAGUGUCCCUGUGCCAGAUCUGUGUGCAGUCUAUGCAGCUCAGGUGCGCUGUAAGAGGUUAGAUGGUCUGGGAUACUGGAGCAAUUGGAGCAAUCCAGCCUACACAGUUGUCAUGGAUGUAAAAGUUCCAGUGAGAGGACCUGAAUUUUGGAGACUAAUUAAUGGAGAUAUUACUAAAAAAGAGAAAAAUAUCACCUUACUUUGGAAGCCCCUGAAGAAAAACGACUCAUUGUGCAGUGUGAGCAGAUAUGUGGUAAAGCAUUGCACAACCCACAAUGGAACAUGGUCAGAAGAUGUGGGAAAUGGCACCAAGUUCACUUUCCUGUGGACAGAGCAGGCACAUACAGUUUCAGUUGUGGCCAUCAAUUCCAUUGGUGCUUCCUUUGCAAAUUCUAACCUAACAUUCUCUUGGCCCAUGAGCAAAGUAAAUAUCGUGCAGUCACUCAGUGCUUAUCCUUUAAACAGCAGUUGUGUGAUUCUUUCCUGGAUGCUAUCACCCAGUGAUUACCAUCUAAUGUACCUUAUUGUUGAAUGGAAAAAUCUUAAUGAAGAUGAUGAAAUUAAAUGGCUUAGAAUCCCUUCAAAUGUUAAGAAGUAUUAUAUUCAUGAUCAUUUUAUUCCCAUUGAGAAGUAUCAGUUCAGUCUUUAUCCAAUAUUUAUGGAAGGAAUGGGAAAACCAAUGAUAAUUAAUGGUUUCACGCAAGAUAACAAUGAAAAACAGCAGAAUGAUGCAGGUCUAUAUGUAAUUGUGCCAAUAAUUAUUUCCUCUUGUGUCUUAUUGCUUGGAACGUUAUUAAUAUCACACCAAAGAAUGAAAAAGCUGUUUUGGGAAGAUGUUCCAAACCCUAAGAAUUGUUCCUGGGCACAAGGACUUAAUUUUCAGAAGCCUGAAACAUUUGAACAUCUUUUUACCAAGCAUUCAGGAUCAGUGACAUUUGUUCCUCUUCUUUUGGAGCCUGAAAGCAUUUCAGAAGAUAUCAGUGUUGAUACAUCUUGGAAAAAUAAAGAUGAGAUGGUGCCAGCAACUAUGGUCUCACUCCUUUUGACAACUCCAGAUCUUGAAAAGGGUUCUAUUUGUUUAAGUGACCAGUGUAACAGUGCUAACUUCUCUGAGGCUGAGUGCACAGAGGUAACCUGUGAGGACCAGAGCCAGAGACAGCCUUCUGUUAAGUAUGCAACACUGGUCAGCAGCAAUUCCAAAUCAAGUGAAACUGAUGACGAUGAGCUGGGGCUUAUCCAUAGUUCCGUCAGCAAGUGCUUUUCUAGCAAAAAUUCUCCAUUGAGAGAGUCUUUCUCUAACAGCUCAUGGGAGGUAGAGACCCAGGCACUUUUUCUUUUAUCAGAUCAGCAUCCCGACAUGAUUUCGCCACACCUCUCAUUCUCAGGAUUGGAUGAACUUUUGGAACUGGAAGGAAAUUUCCCUGCAGAAAACCAUAGUGAAAAGUCUGUCUACUAUUUAGGAAUCACCUCAAUCAAAAAAAGGGAGAGUGAUGUGUUUUUGACCGAUGAGUCAGGAGUAUUGUGCCCAUUCCCAGCUCAUUGUUUGCUCACUGACAUCAGAGUCCUCCAAGACAGCUGCUCACACUUUGUAGAAAAUCAUUUCAGCUUAGAAACUUCUGGUAAGAAGACUUUUGUAUCAUACAUGCCCCAAUUUCAGACUUGCUCCACUCAGUCUCAUAAGCUAAUGGAAAACAAGAUGUGUGACUUAACUGUGUAAGUUCACUCAAGAAACGUUCAGGUUUGCAUUCUAGUGGAUGAUACAAAGUGUAAUAUAUAUUCCUUUACAGGUGUGGAUGGGGGAGAGGAAAGAAAACUGUCAGAGUCUAGUGUGAUAAUGACUAUUCCCAAAUUAUUGAUGUUUGUCUGUUCUUUCUCAGUAAUAUAGACAAAAAAUGUGAGAAAGACUUCAUGAGCCUAGCAAUAUACAUGAAGGCUUUGAAUGUCUAUUCAUAAGCUAUGAUGGGAAAGUCUUGUUUUUAGUUAGAAAUAAGCCUAUCUUUUGUGA